GGCGCCAUUUUGGAGUCGGUGUCCGGGCCGAGGUGCCGAGGGUCUCCGCGGCGGCGGGAGCUCGCUGAGUUUUUCACCGCGACGAGUGGUCUCGGGGGCAGGACGCGGACGGCGCGGGACUGGGAAGGAAGGCUUCUCUCUGGGCAGCCAGAGCCGCAAAGGUGGAUCCGCAUUGGUGCCCUCCGCGGGACCAGCGUCUCGGAUGCGGGCGGAGCGCGGGGGGCCGCGGCGGCGGGAACCCGAAGCGCGGGGCCCGGGGGGCCUCAUGUGAGAGCCGCGGAGCCAGCCGCCGCCAUCCCCGGAGCCCGGGGUGGUGUGUGGGGGAAGCCGCCGCCGGCAGCAGGAUGAAACGAGGAGGAAGAGAUAAUGACCAUAAUUCAUCAGAAGAAGGUACUGCAGAGAAAUCCAAGAAAAUGAGGACUACAAAUGAGCAUUUUCAGACUUGUGAUUGGGGUAAUCUCCUGCCGGACAUUAUUCUCCACGUAUUUAAGUAUUUGCCUCUUCUUGACCGGGCUCAUGCUUCACAAGUUUGCCGCAGCUGGAACCAGGUAUUUCAUAUGCCUGACUUGUGGAGAUGUUUUGAAUUUGAACUGAAUCAGCCAGCUACAUCUUAUUUGAAAGCUACACAUCCAGAGCUGAUCAAACAGAUUAUUAAAAGACAUUCAAACCAUCUACAGUAUGUCAGCUUCAAGGUGGAUAGCAGCAAAGAAUCAGCUGAAGCAGCUUGUGAUAUAUUAUCACAACUUGUGAAUUGCUCUUUAAAAACACUUGGACUGAUUUCAACUGCUCGACCAAGUUUUAUGGAUUUACCAAAGUCUCACUUUAUCUCUGCACUGACAGUUGUGUUUGUAAACUCCAAAUCCUUGUCGUCGCUUAAGAUAGAUGACACCCCAGUAGAUGAUCCAUCUCUCAAAGUCCUUGUGGCCAACAACAGUGACACGCUGAAGCUGCUGAAAAUGAGCAGCUGUCCUCACGUCUCUCCAGCAGGUAUCCUUUGUGUGGCUGAUCAGUGUCAUGGCUUACGUGAACUGGCCCUGAAUUACCACUUGUUAAGUGAUGAAUUGCUGCUUGCUUUAUCUUCUGAGAAACAUGUUCGAUUAGAACACUUGCGCAUUGAUGUAGUCAGUGAGAAUCCUGGACAGACACACUUCCAUACGAUUCAGAAGAGCAGCUGGGAUGCUUUUAUCAGACAUUCACCCAAGGUGAACUUAGUGAUGUAUUUUUUUUUAUAUGAAGAGGAAUUUGAUCCAUUCUUUCGGUAUGAAAUACCUGCCACCCAUCUUUACUUUGGGAGAUCAGUAAGCAAAGAUGUGCUUGGCCGUGUGGGAAUGACGUGCCCUCGACUAGUUGAACUGGUAGUGUGUGCUAAUGGAUUACGGCCACUUGAUGAAGAGUUAAUUCGAAUUGCAGAACGUUGCAAAAAUUUGUCCGCUAUUGGACUAGGGGAAUGCGAAGUCUCAUGUAGUGCCUUUGUUGAGUUUGUGAAGAUGUGUGGUGGCCGCCUGUCUCAAUUAUCCAUUAUGGAAGAAGUAUUAAUUCCUGACCAAAAGUAUAGCUUGGAGCAGAUUCAUUGGGAAGUGUCCAAGCACCUUGGUAGAGUAUGGUUUCCAGACAUGAUGCCCACGUGGUAAAGACCAGAUGAUGUAGGGCAUGAUGAAUAGCACCUUAACUCGAAGCAUAUUGUAUUAUAAUAAAAGUUUAUUUCCUGCAUUUCUGAUGUAAUUCUACUAUUUUGUGGCACAGAAAUUUGAUACCUGCAUUGAGUGUAUAAGGAUUGUUUAUUAGAAGACCCAUGGACCAGUUUUGGUCAGAAAACUUCAUCUGUUUCUUUAGCCUCAUAGCAAUCAAAUCGCAGAAAACUAAGAAAAAAAUGUGGUUCUAAACUGAAAGUAAUAACCUCUUAUAAAGAUUUAAAAUUUUACGGUCUGAAAGAACAAAACCUAUAUAAUAUCCAAGAAUUGAGUACUGAUAGAUUUUCCAAAAUGUUAUGUUGUCUAUGCAUUUUUUUAAAAUGUAAACUUGACAUUUUAGGGUCUUCAGUUAUACAUACACCUGUUAUAAGGUGUUUAAUAUAGCUCAGGAAAGUGAGCAUUUUGUGAGAAAAAUGUAGGAUAUUUCAUAUCUAAUGAAAAAGAUUGGUUUAUUGUUCUCAAAUGUUAUAAAGCUGUUUAAUGACAUAUAUAUGUAUAUAUAUAUAUAAAUCAAACACUUCGAAAACUGAUAUAUGUCACACAGUGGUUAUUAUAGAAGGAUAAUAAACAGCCAGGAUCAUACUAAAAGAAAAUAAACAGAAGGGUGGCAGUGUUUAGCUUUGUAUACUUUUAGAUUUGCUCUGUAAUCUGCUAAACCAUAUAAAUUUCUGUUCUGUGAUAUGUUACUAUGUAUGUGGCGCUUGAGGCAGCAUAUGUAAAGUAAGGAAUGCUUCACCAGUUCUCCUUGGUUUUGUUUACCUUUAUGUAAACUAGUUUUGAAGUGUUACACAAUCAUUAAAAUGAAAAGCUUACCUGUUUUAAAAAGCUAAAUUGAAAUAAUUAAAGGUAGAACUUUAAAAUGUUUAAAAAAUUAUUUCCAUGAAAGAAUAUUAGUCACCAGUGAAUCUUAGUGAUGGCUCCUUUUUUCCAUUUUGGAAUUAUAUAGUUAAUGUAAGUAGGAUUUUCAAAAAUUAUAAAAGGAGCACCAGUAUACAGUUCAGCAUAAACAGUAAAUUUAAAAAAGGAUAUAUUUAAGUUCAUAAUCAUAUUUUUGAGUAAAUAUUGCUCAGUGGACUGGAAAAUUUUAAUAGAAAAAUGUCUGCAGUUUUGUGAUUGUUAAUUUGGUUAAACUAAUAUUUUAUAUUAAGUUACGUAGCAUUUUUUUAUUACUUAUGAAUAAAGGUAAUCCAUACAUUGUAGAAUCUGUAAAAACAUUAAAUUUUGGGCUACAUUUAGUUUUUUUAGAUAUUAUAUAAACUUUGAUUCUGAGCACUAGUGCUUGUUGAUAGUACUCUCCUAAAGGAAAUUAGAAGUGAUUUACCCCCAGUGGAAUAUAUUAACGCUUGAAACCUUUACAAAGCAUUUCAUUACUUAUGGAAGCUAACAGUCUUACAGAUCUAAUGUAUUUUUAAAGUAGAUUACCUUCCUAAGAGUAACGUAAAAGGUGAUUUUCUACAUAAAUCAUGCUUUUUAAAAGUGAUGGUAUUCUGGCCACAUAUAAAUGAGAAGAAAAAAGGAUGAUCCAAACUUGGAAAUUAUAAUAUUCCCCCCUCUUACUAAAUAGUAAAAAACUUUGUACAAGAAAUACCUUUUUUCCCUUAAACAACUUUUGGAAAAUGGAUUUGACAGUGCGUAUUCAGUUCUAACCAAAGCUUUAUUCAGAAAUUUACUUUUUGUACAAAUGGAAUUAUAUUAAUGCUUGAAAUACUUUAAGUCACUUUAUAAGCAAAAUGUAUAGCGCUUCACUUGUUUAUACUUGUAAUCUAUGUGUUAAAUGCUUUUAUCAGUUUAAGAAUAAAGAUAGUUACUAAUG